UAUGUCAGUCAGUGGGAGAUGUCCUUUAAAUACAGCCAGUCACUACCCGUUUGUUUCUACAGUGCUUCUUCAAAGUACCGUUCCGUCUCAUCACCAUACUGACUGCUGUAUUACAAUCAGCUUUGCUACCCCACAUUAUUUUUCACUUCCUUUUCAAUACCUAUAUUUUUGCUUUGCCCCCUCUCUCUCUCCACCAUUAAUUAGCUUCAGAGCUGCUCCUAGUAGUAGUAGUCUCACAAAGUUUUGGGUGUGAGAGCAUGAUGGCACAGAAGCAAGCUGAGGAAGCAAUUGUGCCAAAUUACAGUGAGAUGGAAGUGGAAGGCAAAGAUACAGAUGGAAUAGACACUGAGAAUGAUGCUUCUUUCAAAGGAGGUGUUUUUAAGAGGAUGUUCUGGCAUGGUGGAUCUGUUUAUGAUGCCUGGUUCAGCUGUGCUUCAAAUCAGGUAGCGCAGGUACUUUUAACACUGCCCUAUUCCUUCUCUCAACUGGGAAUGGUGUCUGGCAUACUCUUCCAAAUAUUCUACGGUCUAAUGGGAAGUUGGACUGCGUACCUCAUCAGUGUUCUUUACGUCGAGUACCGUACACGCAAGGAGAAGGAAAACUUCAAUUUCAGAAACCAUGUCAUUCAGUGGUUCGAAGUGCUGGACGGGCUUCUGGGCCCGUACUGGAAAGCAGUAGGUCUGGCUUUCAAUUGUACAUUCCUUUUAUUCGGAUCUGUCAUACAGCUCAUAGCCUGCGCAAGCAACAUUUAUUACAUAAAUGAUCACUUGGACAAGCGUACUUGGACGUAUAUAUUUGGGGCCUGCUGUGCAACUACAGUGUUCAUACCCUCCUUCCAUAAUUAUAGGCUCUGGUCUUUUUUAGGCCUCGGAAUGACCACUUAUACUGCUUGGUAUUUAACCAUUGCUGCUCUCGUCCAUGGACAGGUAGAAGGAGUGGAGCAUUCUGCUCCAACUACAAUGGUUCUCUACUUCACUGGAGCUACAAAUAUCCUCUACACUUUUGGAGGUCAUGCAGUGACAGUGGAAAUAAUGCAUGCCAUGUGGAAACCUCAGAAAUUCAAGGCAAUCUACUUGCUUGCAACACUAUAUGUGCUUACACUGACUCUACCCUCUGCAAUAUCUGUGUACUGGGCAUUUGGAGAUCAGCUGCUGGAUCACUCAAAUGCCUUCUCUUUACUACCAAGAUCAGGAUGGCGUGACCUGGCAGUCGUUCUCAUGCUCAUUCAUCAGUUCAUUACAUUUGGGUUUGCAUGUACUCCCCUGUAUUUUGUAUGGGAGAAAGUGAUUGGAAUGCAUGAUGCAAAGAGCAUUUUGAGGAGGGCACUUGCCAGAUUGCCUGUUGUGAUUCCCAUUUGGUUUCUUGCCAUCAUUUUCCCAUUCUUUGGACCCAUCAACUCUGCAGUUGGUGCACUUCUGGUCAGUUUUACAGUCUACAUUAUACCUGCCCUGGCUCACAUGUUAACAUACAGGACUUCUCUCUCAAGAAAGAAUGCUGUGGAGAAACCACCUUUUUUCAUACCAAGUUGGAUAGCAAUAUACCUAGUGAACCUCUUUGUGGUGUUUUGGGUACUAAUAGUUGGUUUUGGAUUUGGUGGAUGGGCGAGCAUGACUAAUUUUGUGAGACAAGUGAACACAUUUGGGCUUUUUGCUAAAUGUUAUCAGUGUUCUCACCAUCCUCCAAUGGUGGGAGCUCCCCCUCCCCCUCUUAUUCCCAAGUUAAAUGUCUCUGAUCUGUCUCCAAGUGCAGCUCCAAAUUCUUUGUAAACCUUGUACUUAAAAAGUACAAAUAAUAUAUGAUGAUGAUGAUGAUAUGAUAUACCAUAGUGUGGAGUGGUUGGAAUUUUGUAGCUGACAUGACAAGAUGACCAUGACAGAAAAAUCAAUGGAAAAGUAUAGUUCCUUACAUUACAUUACAUGCAUAGGGUUAUUAGGGUGGUUCACCCUACCUUUUCAUAUUGGAUUUGUAAUCUCACUUCAUUUUGGAUGGAAUGGAUUUUUUUAUUUACAGAAAGGAAGAUUGUGCCAUGCACUUACUAAUCUA